GCAAACACAGGAAACAUCCAGGAGGGCGUGGUAAUGCUGGUGGUAUGCACCAUCACAGGAUUAACUUCGAUAAAUAUCACCCUGGUUACUUUGGAAAAGUAGGCAUGAGACACUAUCACCUGAAGAGGAACCAGAAGUUCUGUCCUACUGUCAACUUGGAUAAACUAUGGACGCUUGUUAGUGAACAGACAAGGCUCAAUUAUGCGAAAAACGAGGCUGGACUGGCCCCAGUCAUUGAUGUUGUGCGCUCAGGCUACUACAAAGUCCUGGGCAAGGGGAAGCUGCCCAAGCAGCCUGUAAUUGUGAAAGCAAAGUUCUUCAGUAGAAGAGCUGAGGAGAAGAUCAAAGAAGUUGGUGGUGCCUGUGUGCUUGUGGCAUGAAGGCCUUUGUUAUUCAAAAAAUUUGAAUAAAGACAAUGUGUAAAAAAUGUGCUGGUUUACAGAA